AGGAAGGUUGUUCGGCGCCAUAUUUAAUACUCCAGAAGCUGGUUAGCGUUAGCUGUUUACAAGCACAAACUUUAAGCUGAAGACGGAAACAUAAAGCACGAUCUCAACUCAACCGAAAAUGAAUGUAAUAGAUCAUGUACGGGAUAUGGCUGCUGCUGGGCUUCACUCUAAUGUCCGGAUAUUGAGCAGUCUUUUGCUUACGAUGAGUAAUAACAAUCCCGACCUGUUCUCACCAGCCCAAAAAUACCAGCUGUUGGUCUACCAUGCUGAUGCCAUCUUCCAUGAUAAGGAAUAUCGUAAUGCUGCCUGCAAAUACAGUAUGGCACUGCAACAGAAGAAGGUGCUCAGCAAAACAUCUAAAGUUCGUACUUCCACUGGUGGAGCUGCAUCCAACAUACAGGCACAGAGUCUGCCAUCAGAAAUUGAAGUAAAGUACAAAAUAGCUGAAUGCUACACCAUCUUGAAGCUGGAUAAAGAUGCUAUUGCAGUGCUUGAUGGGAUUCCAUCCAGACAAAGGACUCCAAAGAUCAACAUGAUGUUGGCUAACCUGUACAGGAAGGCUGGUCAGGAGCGUUCUGCUGUGACAAGCUACAAAGAGGUUCUCAGACAGUGUCCCCUCGCCCUGGACGCCAUCAUUGGUCUUCUCUCUCUGUCAGUCAAAGGAGCUGAAGUAGCAUCCAUGACUAUGGAUGUGAUCCAGAGUAUCCCCAACCUGGACUGGCUCUCUGUUUGGAUCAAAGCGUAUGCCUUCAUACAUGCAGGGGACAAUCAGAGAGCCAUCAACACCAUUUGCUCUCUGGAAAAGAAGUCUCUGCUGCGGGACAACGUGGACCUCCUGGUGAGCCUGGCAGAUGUCUACUUCAGGGCAGGGGACACCAAAAAUGCCAUCCUGAAGUUUGAACAAGCCCAGAUGCUGGACCCAUACCUCAUAAAAGGAAUGGAUGUUUAUGGCUAUCUGAUGGCUCGUGAGGGUCACCUGGAGGAUGUUGAGGUCCUGGGAGGGCGGUUAUUUAAUAUUUCAGACCAACAUGCUGAACCCUGGGUGAUCUCUGGUUGUCACAGCUUUUAUAGCAAGCGUUACUCCAGAGCACUGUACCUGGGAGCAAAGGCCAUUCAGUUGAACAGCAACAGUGUGCAGGCUCUCCUCCUGAAGGGGGCAGCGCUAAGAAACAUGGGCCGAGUUCAGGAAGCCAUCAUCCAUUUCAGAGAGGCUAUGCGUCUGGCACCCUGCCGACUUGACUGCUAUGAAGGUCUGAUUGACUGUUACCUGGCAUCCAAUGGGAUUCGAGAGGCUAUGGGGAUGGCGAAUAACAUCUAUAAAACUCUGGGGGCCAAUGCACAGACUCUGACCAUCCUUGCCACAGUCUGCUUGGAAGACCCUGUGACUCAGGAGAAAGCCAAAACCCUGUUGGACAAAGCUCUGGCCCAGAGGCCCGACUACACAAAGGCGGUGGUCAAAAAGGCAGAACUGCUGAGCCGGGAACAGAAAUAUGAAGAAGGGAUCGCUCUCCUCCGGAACGCCCUGGCCAAUCAGAGUGAUUGUGUCUUGCACAGGAUGUUGGGAGAUUUUCUGGUAGCUGUCAAUGAUUACCAAGAAGCAAUGGAUCAGUACAGCAUAGCAUUAAGCCUGGAUCCCAAUGACCAGAAGUCUUUAGAAGGCAUGCAGAAGAUGGAGAAGGAGGAGAGUCCCACAGAUGCCACGGUGGAGUUGGAUGGAGACGACAUGGAGGGCAGUGGAGAGGACGGAGACCUGGAGGGCAGCGACAGUGAAGCAGCGCAGUGGGCGGAUCAGGAGCAGUGGUUUGGUAUGCAGUGACCCCAGGUCAGCCUUCAGCCCUCAGGGUCAUCAGACAGGACAAGGACUGGCACUGCUCCGCAUACCUCACAUGAUCACAGAGGUUAACACCAAGUGACUGAUGACGUUUGAGAUGAUGGCCAGGUUUGCAGUGGAGCUACAGAUGCAGUUUUGUGCAGAAUAACUGGCAUUUUUGACCUGAUAUUAUAUCAUCCCAUUCUGUAUCGGCACUGUGAUACAGUUGACCAGUACAGUCUGACAGGACCAGAAUAUCCUGUCCCAGAGAAUAUCUACAUCAGUGUUUAUAACGUUAUCUCUGAAGCUAUUUUGGCCAUUUCUUCAGCACUUUCUUCUUCCAUCUUUCUAGUAUGUGGCAACCUGAAAUAUACUAAUUACAAAGUGAGUGUCAGUGCAUUAUAUUAAUAUUAAUUUGCUUUGGAUUCUGUUUUAAGGUUGAGUCACUCAGUCUAUGGGAGGACUGUUCCCUGGCAAGAUGUAUAUUGGAAUAUAUAAGAUGAAGCAAGUGGUGUGAUAGGGGACGUUUGUUCAGGCCACACAUGGCAGGUAUCUGUUACAGGAGAGACUGGUAAAGCUGUGUUUAAGUUGUUGUUUUUGCCUCACUGACACAGGUUUGCCACUGAAGAAACAAAGUGUGGAUGUCAAAGUAUUAUGGUAAAAGAUCAUGUAUAUGCCCAGACUAUUUGUCUCUGACAGGAAAACAGGAAGUCUGUGAAAAGGAGACGAUGUACCAUAUUUCUGAUGCUUUUUAAAAUGGUAUCUUCAUUUGAUUCUGUCCCUCUCUGAUGUUUUGUGUCAUGACCGUGCAUAUUUUUGUGUGUGUUGUCCAAGUCUGCCUUUCUGAUGGGAAAAAAUAAUCCCAUGAUUGAGUUAUGAAAUGUUAUUUAAGCAGUUCAGGACUGGAUAGUGUUUUGUACAUAUUUUUUUAAAUACAAUGUAUAAUAAACUUAUUAAACAUUCACUUGAUAUGAAUGGAGCUGUCCAGAAUCUCUUAGUGGUAGACAUUACAUUCAGUAUUGUUUUAAUGACAUCAGGAAACACAAUCAGUAACUUCAAUGUAUGACACUUUUAUUUACCUGAAACCAAAGUUCAUGUGAUACAUUGUACAAUCAUCUCUGAAAAUACAGUACAGCAGUUUGGCAAAAAAUGCCAGCGGAGUGACUGCCCACCAUUCUCACGGUUAAACGUAUGGAUCACUGCAUUGCUGCACGUCCGACAUCCAGAUAUGGCAAAAUCUGCUCCAAACGUGUUGCACGUCUCAGUGCAAAGCAAAAAAAAAAAAAAAAAAAAAAA